CUCUCCUCCGCUCUCGCGCUCUCUUGUUCUCUUUCUGUCUACUCCUAGCAUUCGCCACAUAUACGCCAACCGCAAAUGGUUGCACCCGACGUACCCUCCGCUGUCUCUAAUCUCCUCGACGCGACGCGUCGACUCGAAGAAUCCCUCCACAGGUGGGGUUCACUCGAGAUUACUGAAACUGAAGUCAGCGACGUUUUCGUUACGGUGGGGAAUUGCUACAAUGAGAUGCUUGCUGCCUUCUCUGUAUAUCAUAUCGAUAUGGGGGACGUAUCGACAUUCCUCAACGACCUCCGCACUCUACUCGAAGAAUGCCUCUCCGAAGACCCAACACCACAGAACCUCAACUACCUCAUGCCGCAAGUCCGCACCAUCAUCGCAAACCUCCUCGUCGGACUGCGUAACAAACAGGCGUACUAUUGGCGCGCUGUCAGCGCUGCCUCCGGGUCGGGUACGAGGAGGAGUUCUGGUGGCUCUCAGACGGGAUCGAGGUCUAGUUCUGGUUCGGGCUAUCGAUAAUCGGUAAUUUCUUUGUCGAAUUUGUUGAAUUUCGUAAUUUUUUGGAGGCCGAUCGAUGAAUAGGAGAAGGAGGACCUGACGUGUGGAUUGGAGGCGUGAAAGGAUGGAUGGAUGGAUGCGCGCCCGAGGACGAAGGAAGGAGGUAUAGAGAUUCAAACAUUUUAACACUCAUGGUCAUGGCCAUUCUGGAUUUGGUAUUUGUCGACGCUGGCGUCUGCACUCAACCAAUCAACCAACUCAACAACCAACUCGACCAAUCAACUCAAACCAAC